ACAUAUACACAAUACGAAGUCACUUCCAAAAUAGAUACACAACAUUCGUUGUCACUUCCAUUUUUACGUAGUCACUUCCAAUUUCGGAAGUGACUACGUUUUUCCUUGUUGUUAGCUAAUUUCGCUUAUAGAGGUCAUUGGCAUGCCAUAUAAGAAAAAUAGCUUGGAAGUGGCUACGUGUUAAACUUAUCGGUUAAGUUUGGACUUAGUUCUCAUAUAUGCCACUAUCGCCACCAUCGCUUAUAUGGUUUUCAUAUGCUAUACGUAGUUACUUCCGUCAUAUAAAGUGUACCAUGUCACAUCCGAAAUUUGGCAUCCAUGUUUCUGUGAAUCCAAAUACAUUUUGCUAUACGUGGUGUUAACGUAAACACGUCCGUUAAAUUUGUCGGUAAAGUUUUAUUUUGUCAUGAUAACCAGAGGAAGAAAAUUACUUAAACUUGUACUAAAUAAGGAGGGUAAUGGUGAUGUACCCACAUCUUCGGAUGGUUUGAACAUCCAAUGUUCUACUCCGCCUUUGGAGCCACCAGAAGAUAAUUGUGAUGUACCCACAUCUUCGGAUGUUUUGAACAUCCAAAGUUCUACUCCGCCUUUGGAGCCACCACUGGAUGUAUGCAGCAGUACUGCAAAAACUAUCGAUUGGAUAAAUCAAAGCAACUUUGAUGAUGGGCACCAUAACAAGUUAACCGAUUUUAAGGAAAAGUUUGAGAAUGUUCAGCCAGUAUCAAAACCCUGUGGUUUAAUCGCUUGUAAUUGCAGCCACAUAUCAGGGUCAGAGCCGUCGGUCGAUGAUUCUUAUCUAGAUCGCGAUUUUAUACCGAACAGUGACGAUACAACAUCUACUAAUUCGGAGGUAUCGUAUGAUCUCACUAAAAGCGUUAUCGAGGAGGGUAACGAAAAUUAUUCACAUGGUAAACUAGCAAAUAUACGUCGUAGUAGUAUAAUUAUACACCAGGACGUAUCCAUUUUCACGAAACAUACUAACAGUGGCAUAUCAAUUUUAAACAAUCUACCUUAUACUGGUGAUACUAAUCUUAUCAAUGAUACUUUAAUGAUCGACAAACGUCAAAAUGAGCAUCCAUCACCACACGUAAGUGCAGAUGCUAGACCUCAGAUUGAAGACAAUGUUCGUGAACCGUUAUCAAAUGUACUGAAGCGGCUAAAGAAAAACCAGAAGAAGGUGGUACAUUGCAAGUUUUGCCAGGAAGACAUUAACACGUUGAACUUUAUGCGGCAUGUUAAAAGAAAUCAUGGUAGUGAACAAGAAGUCCACACCAUAUUUCAAUUGCCAAAAAACAGCAAAGAAAGACGCCGUGCUUUUGCAAUUUUACGUAACGAUACUAAUUUUGAAUUAUUUAUAAAUGGAAAUGUUCGCCCUAAUAGAAAAUUGGUAAAGGAACCGAAAAUUAAAAUUAAGUACUACCCUUGCGCGUACUGCAAGGGAAUAUUUGCAAGACAAUACUUAAAACGCCAUGUAAAGUCGUGUUUUUUAAAAGAUUCCGAAAAGAAUCAAAGCAAAAUUUUGUCUUUAUCACAAACAGUGACUGCAUGCGCUAUGGACCCUACAAACGUUCUCUCCAAGUUAAAUGUCAAAGAGCAGGUGUUUGACAUAAUGAAACCAGAUGACAUUGCUUUUGAAGCGAAGAAGGAUCUUUUAAUAGCCAAUUUUGGCGAGUCUUAUUUAAAAAAACAUAGGCGUGAAAGAAUGGCCUAUUCAUGCAGUAAUAGAAUGCGUGAACUUUCAAGGAUAUUAUUAAAUUUUCGCAUGAUAACCAAUAAUAAUAAAGCUAAUUUUAAAGAUAUAUUGCAUCCUAAACACUUCGAUACUGUAUUAAUGGCAGUUCGGAAGAUUAGUGGUUUUGACCACGAAAAGAAGUCAUUUCAAACUCCAAGUUUGGCUAUGCAUCUAGGAACCUCAUUAAAAUUAGCAUGCGAUGAACUUACACACCUGGUAUUAAAACAAAGUAAAGGUUUCAGAUGUAAAUCGGCGGAAGAUGCCCAGGUUUGGCUUACGAAUAUUAAGAAUUUUAAGAAACUGGUUGAAUCGCGAUGGACCAUAGAAAUUUCGUCUUUAGCUAAUAAAGAUCUUCAAGAAAAGCGUUGGAAAAAGCCGCUAUUACUACCAUUGGUGAGCGACGUGAAAAAGUUUAGAGACGAAGUGACUAAGUUGGCAAAUGACUCCGUAUCCCAGCUACUUUUAAAAGAGAAUAAACGCGCAUUUAAAUUAUUAAUACAAUGUGUCUUAUCGUUACUAAUUUUGUUUAAUCGUCGCCGAAUAGGUGACGUUCAAUAUCUUAAGAUCAGCGACUACAAAUCAGAUAAAAAGAGCAACUACACAGAUUUCGACCAUGUACUUACGGAUGUGGAAAGAUCAUUGACCCAAAAAUACAAGAGAGUACUCAACAGCGGUAAAGGUUCGAGGGCUGUUGUCAUACUUAUACCUGAAGAACUGCAAAACAUGAUUAAUGUUUUAUUAGCGGAGAGAAACAAGUACAUAUUAGACUCUAACAAUGACUAUGUGUUUGCCAUGCCCGACAGUACGAUUAAAUGGGGAAAAGGUGAUGUGGCAAUUCGGGCAUUGUGCAAAAAAAUUCAAAUUGAAAACCCUAAAGCUAUUUCAAGUAACAACCUGCGGAAACAGAUUGCCACUGUAACCCAAAUUUUAAGUUUAAAACCAGAAGAGGCAAAACAGUUUGCAAAUUUCAUGGGGCAUACUCAAAAGACUCACGAUGAGUUUUAUGAAUUACCGGUUGACAUUUACCAAACUGCAAAGGUGUCAAAAUUGUUGAUGAUGAUGGAGAAAGGAUCUAUGCCAAUCGAAUAUAAAGGAAAGUCGUUGGAAGAGAUUAAUAUAGAUUUUAACCUAGAAUAUGCGGAGGAAGACAAAAUUGACGGCACAAUAAAUAAAAGAAGUGAGGAGCCUCCAGGAUUUUAUGCAAACGAAAGAUCUAUUGAGAUUGUAAAUACAGGAUUUAAUGAUGUGAAUGAUCGAGAAAAUCGAAGUCCCUGUUCCUCUCCCCAAGAGGAAUUAUCAUCAGAUAUAACUGUUGCAGCUAAUGAAAGGUCUCGGACAGUACCGCAAAUACCAUCAGAUUUACCGAUCCAUGCGUCACCAAAAACAUCUCGGAUAGUACAGGACAGACCAUCAGAUUUAAUUGACGCUGAUAGUGUAGCUGAAGUUCCAAAGAGAAGUGGACAGAGAACCUAUUGGUCUAAUCGGGAACUUCAUUUAUUAAAAAAAGAGUUCAGUGUCUACAUUAAUAAAGGUACCUAUCCAGCAGGGAACGACAUAAAGGAAUUUCUUGAAAGAAAUGGAAUAAACAGAAGCGUCAUUGUAACCAAAUCAAAGCUACAACAUUUGAUUAAAACUAAAAAAGGACUAUAAACUACAAGAAAUGUUACCUUUAUUUUACGUAAUAGAAUACAUUUUUAUUUUAUUCUUCCACAA